GGCCUGGGGUGUUUGGCGGUGUCUUUGCGGUGAAAAGGGGGAAGGGUUUGCGGGCUUCUCCUGUCCGCGAAUCAGAAGCGGGAGGUCGUGAUCUUACCCGGGAUCGGUUCCCUCGGACUCGGGCGCUGCUUCCUCGCAACCUUUCCCCAACUCCAGUUAGGGACGGGAGGCGGCUGUGCCUUAGCCGCCGUUAGAACUGGCCGCAGGAGAGCGUGGGAGCCCGGGAUUUGGCCCAGUUGCUGCUCCCUAGCAUCCCAGCAGAGUGCCGUGAAUUUCAGCUAUCUGAGAAAUACAGCGGGCAUUACACUUGACGCUGCAAUCCGCGAAUGAAAGCAGCUUUUUCCAAUGAGUUGACAUUGAGAACUUUGAGAUGGCAGAGCAAGGAUCAGCUGACAAUGCCAAGGCUGAUAGUACUACACAAUCGACUGACCCUACUGGAAGUGCUGGUGUUGGCGAUGGUGGUAAUAAAACAACCGCACCAGUUUCAGUCUCGCAAUUCAUGAUGAGCAACAAGACCGAAUCUAUCAUGUGGCUGCUUCGAUUAUUUACGCUGGUGUCAACAUUCUUUUUUCUGUUUCCCAUCUUGGGAGUUGUUGAGAGUGGACACUUCUACCAAAGAGCAUUACUGGCUAAUGCCCUAACCAGCGCUUGCCGGCUCCAUCAGAGGCUACCCAGAUUCAAGUUCAGCAGAGCCUAUGUCACACAGGCACUCUUGGAGGACAGCUGCCACUACCUGCUGUACUCACUCAUCUUUAUUACAUCCUAUCCCAUUACCUUAUGUUUGGUACCAGUUGCAGUAUUUUCUCUACUUCAUGCAACAGCUUACACCAGGAAAGUCUUAGAUAUCAUUGGCCCCAAUUCCAUACCAUGGGUGCGAUCCUUUUUAGACAAAAUGACAACACACCAGCAGAGCCUGUUCAAGUUCAUUGCGUGCAAUGAGAUUCUCUUGAUGCCUGCAGCUGUCUUUAUGUUGCUUGGAGGCCGGGCUCAUUUAUUCCUCCCCUUCUUCUACUAUCGUUUCCUGACCCUAAGGUACGCAUCUCGAAGGAAUCCCUACUGCAGGACAUUGUUUUAUGAACUUCGAGUCACAAUAGAGCAGUUGACAACCAGACCAUCCUGCCCAACUUUCAUCCGAAGUGCAUGUCACAAAGCUAUAAAGCUCACCUGGAUUCUCUGCCAGGGAGGGGUGAAUGCAUGGAGGAAUCUCUACAAGCCACACCCAGCACAGCUGCAGAUCUGCCAGCAACAGAUCAUCAAUACAGCCUCGGAACCUUCAACAAUCAUGUACCCCCUUUAGAAUUCUUCCUUUUGUCAUGGGUGCAGCAGCAGCAGCCUGAAGUGCCUCAUUCACCAUGUGCACAGAUCCAAAGGUGGGAGGAACCAAGGCACCAAGUAACCCACAAGAAGGAUGCAUCAAAGUCCGAGGCAGUACCACCCAAAAGAGCCUACUUACAUGAACAUGAGUAAGAGGCAAUGCCGGAGGAGGUUCCUUCUACCCCAAGAGAUGAUCCCUGAGCUUUGCAUCCUGAAAGAAGACCUGCAGUCAGAGGCAUACACACUCAGUGGCAUUGAAAGUCAACACGGCCCUGAACUUUUUGCCAGCAGCUCAUUUCAAGCUGAAGCCAGCAUGUACUUCACUGCUGGUUCACUGAGAAGUUUUUGAAGGGAGAAUAGAGUGUAGAUCCAUGCAGUGAGCUCCUUAAACAGUACCAGGAGUGGGUGAAGAAAGUCAUCAAGGAAAAGAAAACCCCAAUUGAAGAACCAGAGUUCAUGGGACCCAAACAGGAAAAGCAUUAUGAAAGUAGCUGUUCAUCAUGAUGUGCCAGUGGCACUGGAUUCUCCCCUCCUAGUUUUAUCUUGUUAAAUCAGCAUUACUGUGGCAAUCACAUCUCCAUAAUAAAUUGUCGACAAUAUAAAAUAUCACAGUCGGCAGCACACAGUUGCAUCCAAAAAGUCACUGUUGCCCUUUUCACUAGGGUUGGCCAAUUUAUCUUGUCUGGGGUGCUCCAAUUCAAACACGGAGGGUGACAAGUUAUGCCUCAGUUGCUGGUUUUCCCCCAGUGUGAGCAUGGUCAACUGGAUGCAUGUGAUGCUAAGAACUCCCACCCAGAAUGCGGACCGACGCUUUAGCUGAAAGGGGUACCACUCUUUAAAUGUUCAACUCCUCUAUGACCACCACAAGAGGUUUCUGUAUGUGCACCUGUUACUGUGAUAGUUACCACAAUUCGUUCAUCUUUAGGGAACCCAGGCUGCCAUGAAUGUUCCAACCAACCCUCUCAGGUGCAUGGCUGGGUACAGGAGGAUAAGAGAGAUCCUCUGAAAAGGUGGCUGCUCACAUCCAUACACUAAGCAAAUGUACAACGGGAGCCAUCUUCACACAAGGACAUUAAUUGAACAGACGGCUGGGCUAUUCGAGAUGAAGCUUAGAUGCCUUGACCACUUGGAGAUGGGGAGGGGGCUGGUGGUGUUGUACAAUAAACACCUUACUGGUUUUCCAGAAUUAUUGUAGUAAACUGUAUACUUCAUAACUUGCCAAGAAAAGAAAAGUGGUUUGGUACUGGAGCCAAAGGAAGACAAGGAAUGGAGCCUCUCCUCGAAUGAGAAGCAGCAGGUGGAAGGGGAGAGUGAGGAGGAAGGCCCACAAGAAGGAUCCCGGAGACAAGGCAGGCGACAUCACUGACAGGAUGGGGAGCCCAAGCAUGAUGGCUUUGUGGUCAAGAUUUACUGAUGAGGCGGUGCUUCACAUGAUGGGAAGCUUCCAAGAGUGCAAAAGCUGACCUGGAAGGCAGAGGAGGGAAUUGGAGACACCAAGGGAAGGGCGUUGGUAACAUGUGUGCUACCAGAUGCGCAGAUUGAUGAAAGCCAACUAGAUGCUUGUGCUCAGGUGGCACGUGUGAAAAUGAAUACAUUUGACCGCAUAUAAAGUGCAACAUUUUAUGAAUAUAUUGUAAAUAGUUUUGCUUUUUAACAUACAGCUUUCUGUUUCACUACGUACUUGUUUCUUAUCUUACUCUACACAACACUUACCUGAACACAAACCUAAUUAGUGCUCUAAUCGGUAGGAUGUCCUCCACUCUUGAACACUCCAACAUUGUGCUCCUCUUGUUGCCUUGGAGGAGGUAGAGGAAAGCUUCCCACUUCUCUGGCUAUCUGCUGUGAGGAUCAUGACUGAUCGCCUCGUUGUGCAGGGUGUUGGUGUCCUCCCUGCGCUACCCACAUCUCUGCAGGGGCAACUGUCCUCACUUAGACCCGAUUAUCAGAAGGUGCAUCUGGCUGAGGGGUGAGGAAUCAGAGGAUGAUCAGAUUCCCCCUCUGUGCAAGGAUCCCUCACCCUCCUGAUUUGAUUGCUCAGGGCUUGUUAUGGUGUCCUGAUGGCUGGAUGGGGUAGACUGUUGGGACGCAGCUGCCUUCCCCUGCAACCAUGAGAUGGACCUGUUAAGGGACCCUAGUUCCUCUCCCACUACUGCCAAGGAGCUAAUGCCACGACGCAAGAGAUCUUGCACCUCUUACAUACACACAUACACGAUGCCAAAUGGGGCUCACCUCAAGUUUGGGCACUCUCGUGGCUGCUCAUCAUGCACUCUCCAACCUGAGAAUCAGCUAAGGUCAUGGCCAUGAUGGACCCCUUCUUCGUAAUGCAUGAGCUCAUAUUGCCUCAGGGAACUCAGCCAGAUGACCACUUAUCUUCCGCUGCAGGUCCAAAUAUUCAGUCCCAAAGAGAGACUGCUGAGGCACUGCCAAAGAACAUCCCUGAGACUGCCCUUCCCCCUCUGGGAUGAACUGUGCACAGACAACUCUACCUCUGACAUUACCUCCUGCGCACUGGUGCCAUGCUCUUCAUUCAGUGCAAGGGUCACAGAUCUCCUCCAGCAGUCUCAGGGUAGAUCUUUAACAUUGGCCCUUUUAACUGCCUUUUUAUUAGGCAGAGGACAGGAAGAAACCCUCUCCACUCUCAACCUCCCCUGGUACGAACCUAAGACUAAACCGAAUCAUGACUCUCAACCUGCACCUAGAACCUGCCUUGUCCUCCAAGAGCCAAAUGGCUGGAUUUCACACUCUCCCCCUGAUGGCUUUGAAGGUAAGGGAACCAUUAAGUUCAGUGAGCAGCCUGCCUGCCAAUCACCCACCUACCUCUGCUUCCACUGCAAUUAUACCAGCGGCAGGAGCGGCAUCAGGUGGCCUGUCCACCAGGGCCAAUUGAGGCCCUUAACUGGACAAAUAAUGCCUGCUAAAGGGCCUCAUCCUGCCAACCACUAAGAUUUAACCAGCGGCAGGAGAGGCCCAUGCCCCUUUAAGGCAGGACUUCCUGCCCCUGAGGGGGUGGAAAUCCUGCCUCCAGCCUAUUAAUGGCCAGUUGGGCAUUAAAAGACUAUGAGGCAGCCAUUCUUUCCCUGGGUGGAUUCCACCCCUCCGCGCUCCCCACCCCCGAGCAUCCCCAAAUUUAGCCAAGGGGUCAGGAGCCAUGGUGCUCUUUAUAAUUCAGCACAAAAAUAUGACGCAAAGUGAGUUUGGAGGCAGGCUUGCAUUUUGGAAUUUGGGAAAGGAUCCAACUUGUGUUUCAUGAGCCUGAGGUGCAAAUCUGGGCCCAUAUUUCAUUAGAUGAGAAAUAUUUGUUAAAGCUAUGUAUAUUUUGCUAAAUGUUAACAGCUUCACAAGCAGCUGCUAUACUCUGAAAUGUAUGCUGUUCAAACAGGCCAAGUUGGUACAUCAAAACCCUGCUUUUGUACUCUUUUAAUAUAGCUGCCAUGAGUUGGAUGCGAGUGCUGAAAGUGAUGUCAGUGCAAUAUUAUAUGUGUGGCCAUAGAACUGGAAACAAAUUUAUAGUUAUUCAACAGUUAGUCUGGCACUAUUUCCUUUGUCAUGGACAGCAUUGUGAACAGAGACUAUUCAUUCAUUUACACAUAUUUCAGAGGAGUCACUGUAUUUUUUCUAUUUGUGUUUUGUAGUGCUUGGCAAAUUCAUGAAAUGUAAAUCUUCUAAUUUACUGUCUGCCAUUGGACGGAAAUUGCCACUUUGAUUCUAUACUGCAGGUCAUCAGAUCAGCACUGCUGAAAACACCAAAUACACACCUUUUAAUAUAUAAUUUGUUGUAUGGAAUGAUCGGGUCUGCAAUGCAAUAAAUGUUGGUCGGUUUGGACUCAUUGGACUUGUCUAGUCAUACUGAAACAAAAAUCAUGAUAACUGUAAAUUUCAGCAGCAUUGGGAUGGAGAUUGAGACUGCACAAAAAAUAUAAUGCAUAAUUCCAGAUACAUCUUUAAGAUAUUUAUACUUAUUACUUUUACAAAGAGUCACAAGACACAUUAGAUAUAAGGAGCAUUAAAAGAGUCUAAUUACUCUAUUAUCCCAAUAAAAAUUAGCAAUAUUUAAUGUUUUUUUAGUGUUAUUAAUAACAAUGAAUCAUUCAAUACUUGCUAAAUUUACUUGUAAUAGUAAGUUGCCCAUUACUUGUAUUUCAUGAGUUAAUAUUCAUGUAUCUGAAAAUAUUUAUACUUUCAUCAAACAUCUAUCAUACCCAGUCUAUAUUGUUAUUGUGUGUGAUAUAAGUUGAAAAUUAUAACUAUGAGUAAUAGUAUUCUUAAAAUGUGUAAUAUUAAAUGUUGAAAAAGCAAUCUUUUCGUACAACUCUAGUGAAGGUACAGAUAUAAUACAAGCAGCAAAAUAUUGCAUAGAGUAGCAGAAUAACCUAAAAUUGAUAUUAAUAACUUUAUAUGAUGUGUUUGGGAACUCCAUCAACUUCAUAAACUGGCAUCUGGUCAGUAAAAGUAGUCUUGAGAUGAGGGGAAAAAUGGACAUCUGGCAUGAAUUCAUCUUUUUUUAUAUUUAAAUAGCUUUGCUAUUUUUGUCUGUUCAUCCGCUCAUAGGGAGUUGUAUGUAAUGAAGCAUGUAGCUGUAACUAGGCUAUACCUCAGCUGGAAAAUGUCAAAUUAUAUUAUGCAUUCCUUAAAAGCAUAAAUCAUGCUUAAGAUUUCUUUUUAAAAUGUGAAGGUAAGAAGAAACAAAUUGAAUGAUUUUUGAGAAUAAAUAAGUCACCAGGAAUUGCAUAAUGCAUUUCAAAAAAUGUUGCAUGUUACUGUUGUCAAAAGCAGUGCUCUCUGGAGACUUUACGCAUUCAUGGUACAAAUGUGAUUAUAAAGAUCGUAAGAUUAUGCAGAUUUCAAGGGUUCUGGGGAAUCUCAGACAGCCUUUAUGCAUUGAAUGCCAGAUUUGAAUUUUAAACCUUACUUUUCAGAGGCUAGCACAGUAAUAAGGAGGUUUUAGUUAUUUUUUGUGUAUCAUCAAGCAGUGGACCUGUGUUUUUCAAAGUUUGUGGGUAAAAAGAGCAAAAACAAACAUAUACAUUUAUAUAUCUGUUCUUUUACCCUGCAAAGUCAUCUGACCUUUACCAGAAAUGUUCAUCUUUGAAAUGGUUUGCCUUCAAAAUAAAGGUUAAGAACAGAAAGAUAGAUACUGAGGGAUCAGAUUGCAUAAAGUUUGCACUCACUGUUUCAAUGACGACAAUUGCAAAGAAAGAAGUGCAAUGUUGUCUUGUUAUCGAUGCAUAUCCUUAGAUCAUUAUUUUUGUGCCAUGCAUUCUACAUUACAAUGUGAACGAGAAAUGCCAAAAUAAUAAACAUAUUUCCAGUACCUAA